UAAGAAGGAGUCACAGUGUGAAUCGAGGUGUCGUAAGUGGACCACAAGCACGUCUAUUCAAGGACGUGCUCUGAAUCGGCCACGCAAAUCGUGGCUGUACGCAUCUUUCGAGAAACUUUUAAGUAAAUUACGAGUAGGGUCACCGUGACCCACAAAAAGCCGCAAUCAUUGAUUCCGACGAAUCGACGGUGAUAAUGGGCGUCCAGGUGGAGGAGUCCAAGAUCGGCGCCAUGAUCGACAAGGCCAAGUUUUAUACUUCGGUCUGCCUAGGCACUACAGCGAUUCUUGCGGUUUUCGCCUUCCUGUUUCUGAUCCCGUUCGUCGUCGAGCCGGCGAUAACCACCAUUCUGGCGGAUUUCUCGCCGCAUGCUGUUGCUUGCGUCACGACGGAGCACGUGUACGCGGAGGGGUUGAAGAACUGUUCGUGGGCGAGCUGCAGAGAAGGUUGUACGAGCGCUGCGCUUCGUUGUCAUCAAAUCAAAGUCAAUUACACCAGACUCCCAUACGAGGAAUUUACGGCGAAGCCAUUGGGUUCAGUACCAUGGGACGUCACCGAUACCAAAUUCUUUGUGAACACAGAAGGAUGCGGCUAUCCGCCCACAGUCAACUGUACUAUUUUUGCCAAGAAAUAUACCUAUGAAAAUAUGGGAAAGAUAUUUCCCUGUUAUUACAGUAGAACACAUCCAGAGAUAGUUGUCGCAAGAUAUUCAUGGGAUGAAAAUCUGAGGCAUUUGGUAUUGGCCUUAAUCGUGCCCAUAGUACUGUUCGCUACGACGCUCGGUGUGCUGUGCUAUUGGUAUUGUCCGCCGAUCAACAAGACUUGCGGCGGAUCGAGUCGCAAUCUCAUGGACAAGUAUGCUAGAAAGGAAGACAUCUUGGCAGAGGACGAAUUCGAGGAAGACGAAGAGGAAUACUGACUGCUACCAAGGGCUCACCCCCCGGCACGGGAGUGAUCCCAGCGAAAUCAUCUUCGAAAUGGUUCCAGCGUACUUUACUUUCUAAAUUUAAGCGAUCGAGCAAUAUCAUUUAGGAAAAAUUUGCAAAAAGCGGGGAAACGGAUCUCGUUGUGAUUGAUUUUUAUCGAGUUUACUCAGAAAAAGUCUUAGAGUAAUGCUUAAACGCUACAUCCGAUUUUUUAAUCCUCUUAAUCUGAUUCGUGCUUUCAAUAAAUGAAACAUAUUCCUAGGUUUAUAUCCCAUAAAAAUAUUUCUCUUUUUCUCUCUUCUUCUCGAUAUUUCAAUCGCACUGAGAUUAAUUAUAUACGCA